CUGCGGCGGCUGCUGCAGAGCGGCCAGGAGGAGGGUGGAUCUCUGGAGAGCGGAGCGCCCCUAGUCCUCCUCCUCCUCCUGCCGCCCAGGCUCCGCCGCCGCCCGUCGGACUCGUCCUUCUGCCUCUCGCGGCGGGGAACCUCCCAGACGACCAGGGCUGAGCUCUCUCCGGCCGAAGCCAGCUCAGCCGCGGCUUCCGGAGCCCGCGGGGCGGCAGACCGGCUUGCGGUGCAGAUUCUUCUUAAGCCUUUGCUGAAAACUCUUUGACACAAGAUGGCUGCAAAUAAGCCCAAGGGUCAGAAUUCUUUGGCCUUACACAAAGUCAUCAUGGUGGGCAGUGGUGGUGUGGGCAAGUCCGCUCUGACUCUACAGUUCAUGUAUGAUGAGUUUGUGGAGGACUACGAGCCUACCAAAGCGGACAGCUAUCGGAAGAAGGUCGUGCUGGAUGGGGAGGAAGUGCAGAUCGAUAUCUUGGAUACAGCUGGGCAGGAGGAUUACGCUGCAAUUAGAGACAACUACUUUCGGAGUGGGGAGGGUUUCCUCUGUGUCUUCUCGAUUACAGAAAUGGAAUCCUUUGCAGCCACAGCCGACUUCAGGGAGCAGAUCUUAAGAGUAAAAGAAGAUGAGAAUGUUCCAUUUCUGCUGGUUGGUAACAAAUCAGAUUUAGAAGAUAAAAGGCAGGUUUCUGUAGAAGAGGCGAAAACCAGAGCCGACCAGUGGAAUGUCAACUAUGUGGAAACAUCUGCUAAAACUCGAGCUAAUGUUGACAAGGUAUUUUUUGACUUAAUGAGGGAAAUUCGAGCCAGAAAAAUGGAAGACAGCAAAGAAAAGAAUGGAAAAAAGAAGAGGAAAAGUUUAGCCAAGAGAAUCAGAGAAAGAUGCUGCAUUUUAUAAUCGAAGUCCAAACUCCUUUCUUAUCUUGAUCAUACUAAUAAAUAUAAUUUAUAAGCAUUGCCA